CACUGCCAUUGGGUAUUGUUAUAUCAUCCAUCGUCUGGCAUUGUGAUGAAGACCAGUCUAUUGACUUAGUGCAAAGGAAAAUGCCCGUCGGAGCUGCUCUUUGGAGGUCUCUUCGUGCCCAUCAGGUGUAUGGUGCCAACACCGACGUGGGGAAGACGAUUGUGUCCACCGUGCUGUGCAAUGCUGUCCAGCGUCAAAAGUCGAGGGAGAGGGCAGCUUUUCUGAAGCCAGUGUCUACGGGGCCAUUGGACGAAGCUGAUGACAGACAUAUUAAACGUCAUGGUGCAGGGACACUCACCAAAUGUCUCUACCAAUUCGACGAGCCUGUCAGUCCACAUAUUGCUGCUCAACAGAAAAACUUCAUUGUCCCCCGAGAUGAUGACAUCCUCAACUCCGUUCACAAAACCCUCUCCGACUGGGCUCGCAACGACAUCACCUUUGCUCUUGUAGAAACAGCUGGAGGUGUUCAUUCCCCAGGUCCCAAUGGCAAUUCUCAGGCCGAUCUCUAUCGACCACUGCGAUUGCCCAUUGUCCUCAUUGCCGACUCCCGCCUGGGGGGUAUCUCGUCCUCCAUCUCUGCUUACGAGUCUCUGUUGCUCCGCGGGUAUGACGUCCACUCCGUCCUGCUAUUCCAGGAUGAUUAUUAUCAAAAUCAUGAAUAUCUGCGUGAUUAUUUCCGUAACAAGAACAUUCCGCUCGUUCCGCUCCUCGCUCCCCCCGCCAAACCAUCGUCGCUGGAUGCCGACGCGGUGGCUCGGGAUGAAGAGGCUAUGGCAACAUAUUAUCGUAAUGUCUCACAAACUACAGACAUUGAAAGUCUUCUCGAUCAAUUAUCCAACAAAAAUGCGGAGAGGAUCGACCGUCUCGAGAACAUGGCCACUCGGGCCCAUGAUGUCAUCUGGUACCCGUUCACCCAACACCACGACAUGAACGCCAAAGACAUCAUGGUGGUCGACUCGGCGUAUGACGACUACUUCCAAACUCACCGUUCGACCGACGGCAAAGCCCCAGAAGGCCAGCUUCAGGCAACUUUUGACGGCUCCGCGUCCUGGUGGACACAAGGCCUGGGUCAUGGAAACCCGGAUCUUGCUUUAUCCGCUGCAUACGCCGCUGGACGGUACGGCCAUGUGAUGUUUGCUGGGGGUGUUCAUGAACCGGCCCUCUCUUUGGCAGAUCUCCUGCUUGAGAGCGUCGAAAACCCGCGUCUGUCCAAGGUGUUUUACACGGACAAUGGCAGUACGGGUAUGGAGGUUGCUAUCAAGAUGGGUCUGCGGGCCGCCUGUGACCGGUACGGCUGGGAUGCCAGCCAAGAGCAGAUUAGUAUCCUAGGUCUCAAGGGAAGCUACCACGGUGACACCAUCGGUGUCAUGGACUGCUCGGAACCCUCGACCUACAACAAGAAGGUGGAGUGGUACCGUGGACGCGGGUACUGGUUCGACUUUCCCCUGGUGAAAAUGUCCCAGGGAUCAUGGAGAGUCGAGAUGCCAGAAGAACUAAAGAACUCCCUGGGCCCCGAUCAAGAAUUCUCAUCAUUGAAUUCCGUCUUCGACCUUGACCAGCGAGUUGAAUCUGAAACCGGAAUCCGCUACAGAGAAUACAUUCACAAAACCAUUAAGGAACAGGUCCAGCAGCAUGGAAUGAAAUUCGGCUCUCUCAUCAUGGAACCCAUCAUUCUAGGAGCUGGCGGAAUGCUCUUCUGUGACCCUCUCUUCCAGCGCUGCCUAGCAGAUGUGGUCCGCUCCAACCCCAACCUCUUCAGCACCACCCCCUCCCCAACGGCCAAGUCCCCCGCCGGCGAAUCCUCAACAACCUGGUCCGGUCUCCCCAUCAUCUUCGACGAAGUCUUCACAGGUCUCUACCGUCUCGGUCGCAAAACCUCCGCCUCCUUCCUAGACGUCCACCCCGACGUCGCCGUCAACGCUAAGCUACUAACCGGCGGCCUGUUGCCGCUCUGCACCACGAUUGCCAGCAGGGAGAUUUUCAACGCUUUCUCCAGCCCGGAGAAGAGCGAUGCCUUGCUGCAUGGUCAUAGCUAUACCGCGCACGCGGUGGGGUGUAAGGUGGCAGUCGACUCGCUGCAGAAGAUGAGAGAAAUGGAGACGAAUGGUUCGUGGAGUCAGUAUCGGGAUGAUUGGGCCGUCGCUUCGCAGACUCAAUCUCAAUCAUCCCUGCCUGAUGUUUGGAGUGUCUGGUCUCGGGAUUUGCUUCAUGAUCUAUCCUAUGCUAACUCGGUUGAUGGGCUGUUUGCUAUUGGUACUGUGUUGAGUAUCUCGCUGAAGGAUGCGCAGGGUGGAGGCUAUACCUCCACAGCCGCCAAGGGACUUCAGCAGAGAUUAGCUGCGGGAGGAGAAAACUUUAACGUUCAUUCCAGAGUUCUGGGGAAUGUACUCUAUCUCAUGUCAAGUGUGACGUCCAAGGCUGAAUCCCUUCGAGAGAUUGAAGGGGUGCUUCGUUCCGCCUUGCUUUAGUAUACGAAUUAUUAUGCCAUUUACGAUGAACAAAAACUUUUUUAUUUUUU